AUGGCAGAGCGGCAAAGCGUGGCGCCAACCAAGCUCUCCACAUCAGACAGAGAUCGCUUGCGGAAGGAAGUGGAGAAGCGCUUCCCCAGCCACGUUUUUGGCCCUGACACCUUGCCAUCAAUGCCCUUUCUUCAGCUGAUCCAUUCCCAGUGCCUUGGGCAACAUUGGGAGUGGGUGCCAUGGCGCCGCAUCAUGAGCGAAGCAGGCAGCCAGGAAAGUCGCGCGCAGCGAACUAUGGGCAGCGAAGCAGAUCUGCUAUCCAUUGUUGCAGACUCCAUGGGUGUGCUUAAGGAAGAACGACCCCUACAGGAAGCAGUGAACUCUGCGUAUCGCAUACAGUGUCUGCUUGACACGCGUGGCAAUGCCUAUGCAAUGUGCAGAGCUGCCCACCGGGGAACGUGGGCAAUGUACACCAAAAAGUUUUUGCUUUACUACACCAAGAAGCAUGCAGCCUGGCAGCGUGGCCCCAAUGGAACACAAGCAGAAGAGGCGGACCGUGCUUGUUUCGCAGAAAUCAUGGAUUUGUGUUUCAGCGGUGUGUCGAUGGAUGACGCAGUGCACCAAGUUGCAGUAGAGCGUGACAUGCCGGGCCAUCUGCUAGUGCCGCAGAACAAGCCAAGCAAACCUGAGCCUUCCUUGCCCAAAGGUAAAGGGAAAGGCAAGAAGCGGUCUGAUACAGAAGAUCGUGCAGUCCCACCAAGCAAACGCCCCCGCACUGGCGAGUGCUGGAAGACCCCCACUGCCGCUUUCGCCAUGCUUGUGCCAAGUGUGGCAGUGGACAGCAUAGCUCAGCUGAUUGUGACAAAGGAGACAAAGUGCAGUGACAGGGCGCAAGCACGUCAGUGCGCAACCUGGACGGUGAGAAGGGGUCGAGUAGCUCACUGCUGGAGUUGGUCCGCCUCCCGUCAGUGGUCCGAGAAGGGCGAGCGCCCUGCCCUGCGCCUGCGCGAUGGCGGUGGCUUGUUGUCAGACGCCGACUGUGCUUCCCCACGCGACGCUGACCUCUUUCAUGCUCUUCGGCAGCAAUGGUGGCAGAGGAUUUUUGGAUGGAAUCUGGUAAGCAGGCUUGCAGCUCACGUGGCAGCGCGCUGUCGCACACCCCUGUUGAAAGAUGAAGAGAUCUCUUGUCUACGCGACGACUUAGCAUCUUUUCUGAAAAAGCAAGGGUUUGCAUGCAGCAGCAGCAGCAUCGCGAGCGGGCAGCCCAUUGCGCUGAUCUGGAUCUUUUGUCAGGACUUGGUGCAGGCAGAUGUAGAUGCUGGCUUUGCUGAGUGGUUUGAUGGCAGUAUUGCUGAUGUGAAGCGCAAGUUUGGCGAUGACUGCGCGGCGGGAAAGCUUGGCAUUGUGGAAAAGCCGGGGGCGCCACCACGGCUCAUCGGCGACAGCACAAUCUCAAAUGUGAACUGCUUGUGCCGCAUUGCAGAGAAGAUCGAGCUUGCUGGCACCUUUGUGCGUUUGGGACACAGACUUCUCCACUUCGCACACUACCUAAGCAUCUAUGUUGACGAUUUGCUUGCCCUGCUGCCGGCCAAGUCAGGCAAAGUGUCCGCAUGCCUACUCACUUGUCUUGCUUGCAGUCUAGGUUUUCCAGUCUCGUGGCAUAAGGUAGACCUUGGCAGCGCUCUCCACUGGAUAGGGUGGCACCUUGAUUUCAGCGGUGCACCCAGUGCAGCUUUGCCCCGCGACAAACUUGAUGCCAUGCUUGGUGCCUUGAACGAGUUGUGCUCGCGACCACGUGCUGUAUCCAGAGCAGUUUUACAGAAGCUCAUCGGCCGCCUUGUUUGGGCCACCUCCGGUGCCAGGUGGCUGCAGGUUUGGUUUUUCGCAUUGAACAAGCCUGGACUUCACUUCUUCCAUGCCGAUGCAGCCCAACUGGAAGAGCUUUUUCAAGCAUUGGAUCAAAACUGCAAAGUCGUGCGGAGUUGCCGCUUUUCAGAUGUGCAGUGUGGGUGGCGCCUCUUGGACAUGGCGGGCCAUGCAGUGAAUAGCACGGCCGACUUGUUGUCAGCCCCUUUGAAGAACGGCCGGGUGUGGCUUAAGUUUGGCGAGCCCGAGCCACUGCAGCUUGUAGAGCGCCCUGGACCCAGCAUGGUUGCAGCCGCAGAUGCCUUCGCUGAAGGCAAGUGUUGGGGCAUCGGAGGUUGGUUUCUCCCUGCCCAUGCAGCUCUGCACCCCUCAAACAUUUAUUACUUCAGCUUCCAGCUGGAGCAGGAUGCAUUGCCACCAUGGUUCUGUCAGAAUGGCGCCGAGCCUCAGCGACACAUCGCAGCCCUGGAAGCCCUGGCGCAAUUGGUCUUGCUGGAUGCCCAGCGCCGGCAUCUAUAG